UAUUCUGCAGAGGCAAAACAAAAAGAGAAGGAGGAGCGCGAACUUUUAGAAGUAUCCUCGACCACAGUUGAAGUCUGACACAAACAAAAAGCCUUUGUGUCAGGAGUUUCUCUGUAACCCUAAAAAACCCCAGAUGACUCAUUCUUCUAUGCAGGGAUUUGUCAUGAAUUCAUUGCUGGUCAUAGCGCUGCUGCCUUUGGCUCUUUUAGGGCCAGGUAUGGCCUUUGUCUCUAUUGGGGGUGGAGCAUCCACUCAUGUCAGCAUUACAGGAACGGCUCUAUUGCAGAAAGUGCAAGAGACGUGUCGGGCGGUGGCUGAGAAAAAUGGUUAUGAGUUCAACCCCACGGGUUCCUCUCCUGAAGAGCUCGUGCAAGCCUGUCUAGGUCCCACAGCAAAAGGAGAGGUGUCUGGUGCCAAAUUUCAUUCUGCUCUUCAAGAGAUCUACACCCAGAACGGGUUGGUAGACCGCGACUUUGUCAACAGUGCUCCACAUCACUUCAACUCUGAGGCUUUCUUGGAGGGGCGGAGCCUAAUCACACAGGGCAUGGUGACCAUUAAAAUUAACAUUCACAAUGAGAACUUUCAGGCUGCAAGGACAACACUGGGCAGAGUCCUUCACACACUACAGGACUUUUACAGUCACAGUAACUGGGUUGAGCUGGGGUACACAAAACCAUAUAUCAACCUCAUAAACCCAGGCCUCCCUCUGGAUAACCUGGCAGAUGUGAACACUCCUACCUGCAGUGACUGUGCCAGUGGAACAUGCCCCAAUCAGCUGCUCCCCAACAUCCUAAAAGACAAGAAACUCACAUCUGGCUAUAUGGGAGUCUUUUCUUCUUUCAAGCCUAAAGGUAAAUGCAGCCAUGGAGGUGCAGCUGAUCUUACGAGCAAAAUCAAUCCUCGAGGAGGUAUCAACAAAGAUGAGCGUCGUCAAGACAACUUGGCUUUUUACAACGCUGCUGUUAAAGCAGCAACAGACGCCAGCCUUGAGUUAUUGCAGGACCUUCGCUUAGCUGUAGGAGACGAUGACUUUUUGAGAAUGAUGGGGAUUGCUCGCUCAUCUGUAUUGUGCUUCGUAAUUGACACGACUGGGAGUAUGUCAGAUGACAUUGAAGAAGCAAGAUCAGUUGUUUAUCAAAUCAUUGACAAAUACAAAGGAACACAAGACGAGCCCUCCGAGUACAUCCUGGUGCCUUUCAAUGACCCUGAGUUUGGACCUAUGAUCAGGACAACACACGCGGAUAAGAUGAAAGAAGAAAUCUCGAAGCUUAAAGCAAGUGGUGGAGAUGAUGCCCCUGAGAUGUGCCUGUCAGGGCUUCAGCUUGCUCUGACAGGUGCUCCUUCCUCUUCUGACAUCUAUGUUUUCACUGACGCUACAGCAAAAGACAUUGAGCUCAAAGACACUAUCGAAGCUCUCAUUAGUAGCACCAAGUCAAAGGUGUCGUUCUUCAUUACUGCACCAUUUGGCAGACGCCGUCGUUCCCUCAGAGCUGCUUCCUUUGACGACUACAAAGACAUAGCUCUGCUCUCUGGAGGCCAGGCCAUCCAGGUUUCCAAAUCAGAGCUUUCUCAAGCCACAGAUAUUAUCCUUGACACCUCAACUUCAGCUCUGGUGACAGUUCUUCAGCGAGCAAGAAAUCCUGGAACGCAAGAGACCUUCCCCGUCACACUGGAUGAGUCAUUGAAAAACAUCACUAUCUACAUUACAGGAACAUCCAUUACUUUCACGCUGACAAACCCUGCUGGUGUAACCCAGAGUCAAAGUGAGUCCAGUGGUAAACUGGGCACCAUUCAGACUGUGGGCAACUUGCACAGGAUUCGCCUCAACUCUGACAAGCAGGCAGGAACCUGGCAGAUCAACAUCAACUCCAACCAACCCUACACACUCAAAAUCACAGGCCAGAGUACAAUUACCUUUAUCUAUGACUUUGUGGAAAGCUUUGCUGGACCUCACCCAGGUUACGCAGUGCUCAGUGGGCGUCCACAAGCAGGCCAGUCAGCCACAUUAAUGCUGACAGUUAUGGGUAGAAGAGGUCCGUCUUCGAUGACUGCUGAACAAGUUGGCCUGGCAAAAGUCUCAGGUCCUGAGAGUGUUAGUAACGGUGUACUAACUCAGAUGGACAAUGGAGAAAUCCUGGUGACUGUUGAUGCUGUCCCGAAGAAGAGUUUGUGGUCAUUGUGA